AUGAAAUUUAUUCAACCUUUUUAUUUUGGCAUAUCCCCCACUUCACAAGAAAUGUUUUGCUUAACGAACUUGCCUCAUGAAAUAUUGCAAGAAGUCUUUCUUCAUAUCAACCAACAUCAAGCAUUAGCGCUUGCUUUUUUACAUUCCAAGCUUUACUACGCUGCAAAGCCCAAAAUAUAUCAAAACAUCUGCAUUUACGAAGAGUGGCCAUUAAAGGGAGAAGAAGGGGGGAAUCUUUGUUUUAAGUUUCACAAAAAUGUUAAUAACAUCAAAACAAAUCGAUACACCAUAGUAUCAAGACAUGUUCUAGAGAAGUGCUUACAACAGAUGUGUAAAGACGAAAAAAUACUCCAUAUUAUGCUAUAUGAAUACAAUCACGGUUUUUUGGAACGCAUUUUGAAUCAUUUUAAAACGAUUCAGGUUCUUGAAGUAAUUCUGUCUUUCAGAAAUUAUCUGGGGGGAUACGGAUAUUACAAGGGAAUGUGUAACUUUAUGUUCAAUGGGUUGAAAACUAUUAAUCCAUCCAGCAAUACUGAGUUUAUUCCAUCACCCUUUGCCCUUAACGAUCCAUGUGAGAUACCACCAGAUAUUAAGACAUCACUCAAUGUUAUUGUCCAUGAACACUUUGCAACUUGGUAUUAUAUCAACAGAAUCCCAUCCCUAACCAGCUUGACAGUUAUUAUCUCUAAUUCACUUCUGACUAUUCGUCGAGGAAAUUUUAGAUUGCAUAAAUUACAUAUUCACCAUGUGCGGCCGAGAGUGUUCACCUACACGAUAAGCGAGGUAUUUGAUACCUCUUUACUCCGGGAGUUGUCCCUUGUGGGGGUAGUUUAUCCCAUUGACAGAAUAUUUUGCAACCAUCAGUUGGAUGAGGAAUACCCGAGACUCAUUCAGCUUUGUGUACGGCAUGAAGGAACAAGUGUUGAAGGGUGUGAUAUCCAAGUACUCAAAGAUUAUUCACACAAAGGGCUAAGUAUGCUUGUUGUUUCAAGUAAAAUUAGUAAUAAAAUUAUAGCAAGGGCAAUACGGAGAUUGUGUUUCAACUUUCCCAAGUCUUCUAUCAACUGGUGGUAUGAACCAAGAAGAUUUGUCUACGGGUUUUUGGGAGAAAAUAAAUGCAGGGUUGACUCUGCAUUCACCCACAACAUAAACAUGUUAAGCCUUCAACUACCGUUUGGCAUUGUGGGCUAUCAUUUUCCAAAAAUCUACGAUACUCGAAGUGUUGGAUAUUUUUACUCUGGAGGCAUUAAAAAAGGGAAGAGACAAUCCUUUUCAUUUUUGAAAAAAUGUUACACGGAUUUGGAAUUGGAAGCAAUAUAUGAACAGUUCAUGAAUUUUGAAACUAUUAGAUAA